AUGGCGACAGGAAGAGUGAAGUUGAAGCUUCUCGUGGACAGGAGCAGCCAGAGGGUGCUGUUUGCCGAAGGUGGUAAGGACUUUGUCGACUUCCUCUUUCACAUCCUCGUGUUGCCGGUCGGAACGGUGAUCAGGCUUCUUGAGAAAACCGGGAUGGAGGGCAGUCUAGGCAAUCUCUACAGCAGCGUUGAGAAGCUGAACGAUGAGUACAUCGCAUAUUCCAAGAAAGACAUUCUCUUGAAACCCAAAGCACCCGCCUUUCUCUCCGCAAUCCAAUUCAAAUUGCCAGAGACUUCGACCAUAGAUUCAACACCCAAAACCUCCAACAGGUUCUCUUCAGAAUCAGCAGCUGGCUCGGACUAUAAAGGCGGUUUUGUGCAAGGAGUGGUGACGUACAUGGUGAUGGACGAUCUGACCGUCAUGCCGAUGUCGAAUAUUUCGAGCAUUACUUUACUCAACCGGUUCAACGUGAAGGAGAUUGGGCAUCUUGAGGAGAAGGUGAUCAGCUUGGGAAUGGACGAGGGUGUAAAGCUGCUGAGGGCUUCAUUGAACUCCAAGAAGGUUCUCACUGAUGCCUUCCUCCGUGAGAAGUGA